GACGCCGCGGCGUGCUGACGCGCGGGAUCGAGCUGAGGCCGAUUCGGCGCCCGCCAUGGCCGACAAAAUGGACAUGUCUCUGGACGACAUCAUCAAACUGAACCGGAGCCAGCGGGGCGGCCGCGGUGGGGGCCGGGGCCGCGGCCGGGCCGGCUCCCAGGGCGGCCGCGGCGGCGGAGCGCAGGCGGCCGCGCGCGUGAACCGAGGCGGCGGGCCCCUCCGGAACCGGCCGGCCAUUGCCCGCGGCGCGGCCGGCGGCGGCGGCAGGAACCGACCGGCGCCCUACAGCCGGCCGAAGCAGCUCCCCGACAAGUGGCAGCACGACCUGUUCGACAGCGGCUUCGGGGCCGGCGCCGGCGUGGAGACGGGCGGGAAGCUGCUGGUGUCCAACCUGGACUUCGGCGUGUCGGACGCCGACAUCCAGGAGCUGUUCGCGGAGUUCGGGACGCUGAAGAAGGCGGCCGUGCACUACGACCGCUCCGGCCGCAGCCUGGGCACGGCAGACGUGCACUUUGAGCGGAAGGCGGACGCGCUGAAGGCCAUGAAGCAGUACAACGGCGUGCCCUUGGACGGCCGCCCCAUGAACAUCCAGCUCGUCACGUCACAGAUCGACACCCAGCGGAGACCGGCACAGAGCAUAAGCAGAGGCGGCAUGACCAGAAACCGCGGCCCCGGGGCCUUCGGCGGCGGCACCCGGAGAGGCACGCGUGGCGGCAGCCGCGGCAGGGGCAGAGGCACCGGCAGGAGCGCCAAGCAGCAGCUUUCGGCAGAGGAGCUGGACGCCCAGCUGGACGCCUACAACGCCAGGAUGGACACCAGCUAAAGGAGGCGCGCGAGCGAGCAGAGCGGACCCACGCCGCGUCCCUGUGCUGGCGGGAGGGGCGGCCGGGGCUGUGUGGCCAAGGACGCAUUUGUUUCUCUUAUGUUUUAAAAUAGGAUUUAAGAACUCAUGUAAAGGUGUUUUUUUCUUUUUUUUUUAAUUCUGGAGCAGACCUGUUUUGUACUGAGUUAUUUUUGGGAUAAAUUUUACUGGUUGCUGUUGUGGAAAAGGUGGCGUUUCCACCUUUGCCAUAAUAAAAUAGAAACGUGUGUAGA